CUUUCUUAGUCAUCAAUAAAUCGUCUAGGAUCAUACCUGAUCAUAAACAUUGGUUGGAGGAUACUCCUUCUACUCAUGACCGUCGGUAGUUAUGACCCCCCUAGAAGGGGUCAUCUUGGUCCACAAAUGGCCAUUGCAUUGCUCAUUGUUCUAAUCUCCUUUAAUGUGGGAUCCGUAGCUGGUGAUGCUUACAUUUACUCUUCACCACCACCACCACCUUACGAGUACAAGUCCCCUCCUCCUCCUUCACCUUCACCGCCACCACCAUAUGAGCACAAGGAUCCACAUUAUCAAUACAAGUCUCCCCCUCCACCCUCUCCCUCUCCUCCACCACCAUAUUAUUACAAGUCACCUCCACCACCAUCUCCUUCACCUCCACCUCCUUAUUACUACAAGUCACCUCCACCACCAUCUCCCUCACCUCCACCUCCUUACUAUUAUAAAUCUCCUCCACCACCCUCUCCCUCACCUCCUCCACCAUAUUAUUAUAAAUCUCCCCCACCACCCGAUCCCUCCCCUCCACCACCAUAUUACUACAAAUCGCCUCCUCCCCCAUCUCCAUCACCCCCACCUCCUUACUACUACAAAUCUCCUCCACCACCCUCCCCUUCACCUCCGCCUCCUUACUACUAUAAAUCUCCACCACCACCCUCUCCCUCACCUCCACCUCCUUACUACUACAAGUCUCCACCACCACCUUCACCAUCACCACCACCACCAUACUAUUACAAGUCUCCUCCCCCACCUGAGAAAUCUCCAGCUCCAACACCAUACUACUACAAAUCUCCUCCACCACCUUCUCCUUCACCUCCUCCUCCUUACUACUAUAAGUCUCCUCCACCACCCUCUCCUUCACCUCCACCUCCUUACUACUAUAAAUCCCCACCACCACCCUCUCCAUCACCUCCACCUCCUUACUACUACAAGUCCCCACCACCACCUUCACCAUCACCACCACCACCAUACUACUACAAGUCUCCUCCCCCACCUGAGAAGUCACCAGCUCCAACACCAUACUACUACAAAUCUCCUCCUCCUCCAUCUCCCUCACCCCCUCCUCCAUAUUACUACAAGUCUCCGCCUCCUCCUUCACCAUCUCCUCCACCACCUUACUACUACAAAUCUCCUCCUCCACCAUCUCCUUCACCUCCUCCACCUUACUAUUAUAAGUCUCCACCUCCUCCUUCACCGUAUCCUCCUCAUGUGCCUUACUACUAUAAAUCUCCACCCCCACCAUCUCCUAAGCCUCCUCCAUACACUCCAUAUCCUCACCCUCACCCAUAUCAUCACUCAUUGAUUGUUAAGAUUGUGGGUAAAGUCUAUUGUUAUAGAUGUUAUGACUGGAAAUACCCCCAAAAGUCGCACAACAAGAAACACCUCAAAGGUGCCACGGUCGAAGUGACUUGUGAAGUUGGGAGCAAGACCAUAAAAGCUUAUGGUAAAACAAAGAGCAAUGGAAAGUACAGCAUCACUGUUGAAGGCUUUGACUAUGUGAAAUAUGGAGCCACAGUCUGCAAGGCUAAACUCCAUGCUCCUCCUAAGGAUUCACGCUGUAACAUACCCACCAAGCUUAAUGAGGGAACCAAAUUGAAGGUGAAGUCCAAGGAUAAGUAUGAAGUUGUGCUCAAGGCUAAGCCAUUUGCUUAUGCUCCUGAAAAGUCAUAUGAUUGCGAAAAGCCCAAGCCCAAGCCUUCCCCUACUCCUUAUCACAAACCAUAUUAUUACAACUCUCCCCCACCCCCUUCACCCUCACCGCACCCACACCCUCCUUACUACUAUAAGUCACCACCUCCACCACCACCAACAUACUAUUACAAAUCUCCUCCCCCACCUUCUUAUUACUACAAGAGCCCUCCUCCACCAUCACCAUCACCUCCUCCAUAUUACUAUAAAUCUCCCCCGCCACCAUCACCAUCACCACCUUCACCCUACUACUAUAAAUCUCCACCUCCUCCCCACAAAGAUCCAUACCAUCCUCCUUACUACUACAAGUCACCUCCUCCACCAUCCCCAUCACCACCUCCUCCCUACUACUACAAGUCACCUCCACCUCCAUCUCCAUCACCACCACCACCCUACUACUACAAGUCACCUCCUCCACCAUCCCCAUCACCACCACCUCCCUACUACUACAAGUCUCCACCUCCACCAUCCCCAUCACCACCACCUCCAUACUACUACAAGUCACCUCCACCACCAUCCCCAUCACCACCACCUCCAUACUACUACAAGUCUCCACCUCCACCAUCUCCAUCACCACCUCCACCUUACUACUACAAGUCACCUCCACCACCAUCCCCAUCACCACCACCUCCCUACUACUACAAGUCUCCACCUCCACCAUCUCCAUCACCACCUCCACCUUACUACUACAAGUCACCUCCACCACCAUCCCCAUCACCACCACCCCCAUAUUAUUACAAGUCACCUCCACCACCAGACCCAUCACCACCACCUCCUUACUACUACAAGUCUCCACCUCCACCAUCUCCAUCACCACCACCCCCCUACUACUACAAGUCACCUCCUCCACCAUCCCCAUCACCACCACCUCCAUACUACUACAAGUCACCCCCACCACCAUCUCCAUCACCCCCACCUCCUUACUAUUACAAGUCACCCCCACCACCAUCUCCAUCACCACCACCACCCUAUUACUACAAAUCACCUCCACCCCCAUCACCUUCUCCACCACCUCCUUACUACUACAAGAGUCCUCCUCCACCAUCUCCCGUUUCUCAUCCUCCCUACUACUACAAAUCUCCUCCACCCCCAACGUCGUCUCCCCCACCUCCUUAUCACUACGUGAGCCCUCCACCACCAACCAAGUCUCCACCACCACCAGUUUACAUUUAUGCUUCCCCUCCACCACCCAUCUACAAGUAAGCUUGGAAUUAAGAAGCAGCAACAAUAAUAAGUCAUGUUCUAGUAUUCAUUGUGGAAUAAAUUUCCGUUCCAUUUGGAGCAGAGUUAAGCAUAUAAUUUGUUAUACAAGUUCUUUGAAUAAGAGUCUGAGUGUAUCACCUCUAAGCUACGAUCUUCAUGACUCAUAUGAGGUUGCUUCUAUUUAUUUGGUGGCCAUUUUUCAAGUGUUGUUCUUACUAAGUUCAAGGAAGCGACAAAUCAAAAAGAUUCAAGACAAGGAAGCAAGAUUAGAAAUGUUGAUAUCAAUUCAGGCUGCUUUUAGAGCUUUCUUAUUUGUUUCUUUGUAGAUUAAUAUGGUUGAUUGUGUAUGAUUUCAUUCAAAUUAUUGUGAAAUUCUUUUAAUAUAUCUUUUUGUGUUGUUUGCAA